GGUCCAGUUCAGCAGAUUUACAGUGUGGCUGUGAGACGUCCAUGCUGGGGGGGUGAAGUGUGUGCAGGAGGGGCUGGCUUUAUGAAACACUUUCCUUCACCCUGAGAACCUGACGGACGUCUGAGCUGAAGAUGAACUUGGCUCUGAUCCACGAUCGGCCGCACGUCAAAACGUUUUGGGAGGGAAGGAUCGACGCCGAUAACCGACACGCUGAGAGCGAGGAGAAGAGGGUGAACAGGAGCGCGCUCACCAAGCUGAGGCAGGAGUGGCUUGUCCGCCUGGAGAACCGGAACAAACACCUGAAGAACCUCAACGAGAACUUGGUGAGGAAGCUGAAGAUGGAGCAGUCAGCUGACCAGACGUGAGCCAAUCAGAGCAGAGGACCCAGCUUCCUGGUCUCGGCUGCUCUGGAUGAAAUAAAACGAGCGUUUGACAAGAAAA